UUCCACGAACAUGCCGCAACGCGAUAUCGAGUUCCAAACCUCUGACUAUGUAACCCUUCGCGGCUGGCUUUUCACUCCAGAAAAUCACAGUGGUAGCAAGUUGCCAUGCCUGAUCAUGACAGUUGGCUUCUCUGGUGUCAAAGAAAUGGGUCUGCCAUUAUUUGCCGAAUACUUCACNCAAAAUCUCCCAAUCGUAUGCCUGGCAUACGAUCAUCGCAACUUCGGAUCAAGCGAUGUGCGAGAGGGACAACCAAGACAAGAAGUUGAUCCGAGAUUGCAGCAGAGCGACUACUCGGAUGCUAUCACAUUCGCGCAAGGCCUCUCAGAAGUAAACCCUAACCAGAUUGCGCUACUCCGGGGGUCAUGUCAUUUACGUUGGCGCAGUCGAUCGUCGGGUCAAAGCAGUCUUGAGCCAAGUGUGAGCCGCAUCUCAUUGGCCGACUGUCACGACUUUGGUGCUAAUGUAUCGCCAUUCAUGAAUGGUUGGGAAACAUUCGGCCGAUCCAUCAGAUCUGAUCUCGCAUCCGAAAUCUUGCAACUCUGCUACGAUGAUCGUCAAGCUAGAGCCAGAGGAGGAAAGCCAGGCAUCCUUCCCGUCGUGAGUGAGGAUUCAUUGACCCCAGCUGCACUCCCAGAUCGCGACAGCUACGAGUUUAUGAAGAUGUGGUCUCCCAAGUGUUCUUGGAAGAACGAGGUCACUAUCAGGAGCAUAGAACUUUUACGCGGCAAUGACCCGUCGCAUAUGAUCCACCGCAUAUCGCCCACGCCUCUACUGUUGACUACCGCCAAGAACGACCAAAUCACCUGUACGGACAUUACGCUUGCAAGUUAUGAGCGCGCCCUCGAACCAAAACAGCUCCACAUUCUCCCGGGUGGUCAUUUUGAUGGAUAUGAUGGGCCAAACUUUGAGAUG